AUGAAGGGACUCUUCAAGAGCUUAACGCUCUCUUUGCCACUGAGUCUCGCUGCUCUUUCUCAUGCGCAGGAGACCCAAUGGCCACUGAGAAGCAAUGGACUUACUGACUUGGUUGAAUGGGAUCACUAUAGUUUCAAGAUCAAUGGAGAACGUCUAUUCAUCUGGUCUGGAGAGAUGCAUUACUGGAGAAUACCCGUUCCUGAGCUAUGGGUUGACAUCUUGCACAAGGUCAAAGCUGCUGGCUUCAAUGCAGUUUCCUUCUAUUCCCACUGGGGAUUCCAUGCUCCACGUGACGGAGUCGUUGACUUCGAAGCCGGUGCCCACAACAUCUCCAGUCUGUUCGAGACAUGCAAAUCCCUGGGUCUAUACAUUUUCUACCGUCCUGGACCCUAUAUCAAUGCAGAAAGUACUGGUGGCGGUUUCCCAGGCUGGGUCACAACUGGUGCCUACGGCUCUUUGCGCAACAACGAUACAAGAUACACCGAAGCUUGGAAGCCUUACAUCGAGACCGUCAACAGUAUCAUCGCUGAGCAUUCAAUCGCCAACGGCGGCAAUGUCAUCUUCUACCAGGUCGAGAACGAAUACGGCUACCAAUGGACGAACACUGCUCUCAGGACUCCUAAUGAAACCGCAAUCCACUACAUGGAGAUUCUUGAGACUGUCGCAAAUGAUACUGGUAUCAACAUGCCCACCGUACACAAUAACCCCAAUCUAGGAAGCAAGUCUUGGUCCAUGGACUACGACAUCAACAAAGUUGGCGGCGAUACUUGGUUGUACGCCGUCGACAACUAUCCUUCCUGCUGGAGUUGCAACCUCGAAGAGUGUAGCUCUACCAACGCCCCAGCUCCCGAUUUUACUGUUCUUGACUACCACACUCACUUCCAGGAGACAGCACCAGGAGAUCCUUCCUUCUUCGCUGAAUUUCAAGGUGGCUCGUACAACCCUUGGAAUGGUCCUGCUGGUGGCUGCAGAAAUAAUACAGGUCCUGAUUGGGUGAAUGUGUUCUACCGAAACAACAUUGCUCAAAAGGUCACAGCUCAUAACAUGUAUAUGCUUUAUGGCGGGACCAACUGGGGCGGUCUUGCCUUUCCACUAGUUGGCACCAGUUACGACUACUCCGCGCCAAUCCAAGAAGAUCGUCUAAUAGGUGAUAAAUAUUCCGAAGCAAAGCUGCUAGGCUGCUUCAUCAGAUCUGCCAAGGAUCUUCCUCUUAUCGAAAGAGGCACUAACGGCACCAACCUCACUACCAACUCCAACGUCUUUACCCAAGUUCUCUACAACGUCGAGAACAAUGCUCAAUUCUAUGUUGUUAGACAUGCCAACACAACACUACAGACGUCUCUUUCCUUCAAGCAAAACAUGACAACCUCUCUUGGAGAGUUCCAAGUCCCUCAGCAUGCUGCUGAUAUUCGCAUCAAUGGCAGAGAAUCCAAAAUCCUCGUUUCGGACUACAAUGCUGGCGAACAGAAGAUCAUUUACUCUACUGCUGAAGUCUUGGCUGUGUCCAUACAGAAUGGCAAGCCCAUCAUCGUGUUCUGGGUCCCGACCGGAGAGAGCGGCGAAUUUUACCUCAAGGGCGCUCGGCAUGGAAGCGUUAAACAAUGCAAUGGAUGUUCUAGCGUCGGCUUCUAUCAGACCAAGGAUGGUGUCAUCACGAGUUUCGCACAAGGCUCGGGAAUGAGCGUCUUCCAGUACGGCAAUGGCGUGACAGCGAUUGUGGUCGACAGAUCACAUGCCUACAAGCUUUGGCACCCUGCUCUGACGAAUGAACCUCAUGUGCCUCUAGAAAAGACCGCCUUGGUCACUGGACCAUACCUCGUCCGUAGUGCUGAGGUUGAGGGUGACACACUUGCUUUAGUCGGCGACUAUAACGGAACAACACCUCUCGAAGUCUUUGCUGCAGGUGUCAAGAAAGUCACUUUCAACGGCGAGUGCGUUCCUGUCAAGGCUUCUGGCUAUGGUAGUCUCAAGGGAGAGCUAUCCCAGGACAAAGUCACUGUAGACUCGCUGACUGCCGCGCUUCCUACACUAUCUCAGUGGAAGGUCGCCGAUGGUUUGCCUGAGCGUGAGGCUGACUACGACGACUCGAAAUGGGUUGAUGCCAACCAUACGACCACUCCUCAUUGGGAAAAGCCUGCAACCAAUUUUAUUCUGUAUGCCGAUGAAUAUGGCUUCCAUGGAGGUAACCUUCUCUGGCGUGGACGCUUCAACGGCACAAGUAGUGGUAUUUUCCUGAACGUCAUCGGCGGUACUGGUAGUGGUUGGUCCGCUUGGCUCAACGGCAAAUUCAUUGGUUCGACUUUCGGUGAUAUCAAGCUUGCCCAGACCAACCAGACACUAAAGUUUGGUGAUGCUGUUAAAAGUGGAGAGAACGUUUUGUUCAUUAUUCAAGACCACAUGGGCAAGGAUCAAACUACUGGCGCUAUUAACCCUCGUGGCAUCUUGAAUGCAACGCUGGCAGAUGGCGCCAACUUCACUUCUUGGAAGGUAGCAGGCAAGGCUGGCGGCGGUGACAACAUUGACCCUGUCCGCGGUCCUUACAACGAAGGCGGUCUUCACGCUGAGCGUCUUGGCUGGCACUUGCCUGGCUUUGAUGACAGCAAGUGGGCUUCAGACUCGCCUUCUACUGGUCUCAACACCGCAGGCGCCAACUUCUACCGCACAAUCCUACCUCUGGAUCUGCCCAAAGGCCAUGACGUCUCACUCGCUUUCAAUCUCCAUGCAUCAAAGAGCACAAAGCUUAGAGCCCAACUCUACGUCAAUGGAUACCAGUUUGGCAAAUUUGUUCCAUACAUUGGCAAUCAGGUUGAGUUCCCAGUCUUCCCCGGUAUCUUGGACUACCAUGGCAAUAACACCAUCGGACUGUCAAUUUGGUCGCAGGACAAUGCCGACGCUAGUGUGUCUGUUAGCGUUAGUGUGCUUGGUGUACACUCUUCAGGUUUCGAUGUUGGCUUUGAUUCGAGAUAUCUCAGACCUGGAUGGACGGAGGGGAGACUGCAAUACUAUUAG